AUGGAGUGUACAAUUUGGCGAAUGAAAUCACCGUGCCACAUAAUGAUCGUGUUCACGUGCGCCGCAGAUCUUGUUCACGAAAUCGGACAGUACCCUUUUGUGUAUCUGUUUUUCCGAAACGGUACAAUGAUCCAGUCGCGCUGUUUUUGGAUGCAGUUGAUUCCAAUGAUUGGAGCUUGUGCUGGAAGUCCUUUGAUCCUUUGCUUAGGCCUGGAUCGUUUCGCUGCAGUACGAUUUCCUUCAAGGUUGGUUCAAUGUGCGAUACCUCAAAGCUUUGGAGUCGUGGCUUUCGAUUUGCUGAAUCAGAUUGGAAUCGCAGUGAAUGUCGCUAUCGUCGUAGUCACUGAGUACCGUGACGUUAUCAGACAGAUGUUCGGCUACACUGCAAAAGUGAAGAAGGCGCAGGAA